UGCAGGGCCUUCAGUCAGGGUGUCAGUAACAGAACCACAGUUCGAACAUUUAGAGUUCACCUGCAGCUGCAGUCUGUGAUUACAGCCCAACCAUGAGUGAAGCCCCGACAGCAUCAGCACCACUCACCGCCCAUCCCAUUACUCAUGGCCCAGCACUCACCGCCCAUCCCAUUACUCAUGGCCCAGCACUCACCGCCCAUCCCAUUACUCAUGGCCCAGCACUCACCGCUGGUCCAUUACAUCAUUCCAUUGCUCCUGGCCCAGUCGAAAUAUAUCCCUCUGUAGCAGAACAGGCUACUAAUUACCCAGAUCAACUGAUCGUUACCACAGCAGCCGGUGAUGCCAUCAACAGAACCAUAGAAGCCAUACCUGUUAAAACACACGAUGAGCUUAUGAUUUCCAUCAUUCUGGGUGUGUGUGUAUCUGUGGCGCUGAUUCUGAUGUUGCUGGGUGUGGUGGUGUUCCGUCGAAUGUUCCACCACAGAGGAACGUACCGCACCCAGGAGCCCAAAGAUGCAGAAGAUAUCAUACUACAACCCGACCCCCAACAACUGGACAGCUCAGAUGAAGAUGAAGACUAGAGCGCUGUGGAUUCCACCAUAGCUGGAAACUUGGGAUUGGCUAAUGCUGAGAUACUGGAAGUCCAUCCAUCCCCUUCAUUAAACUCUUCUGCUUUGCUUGUUGUUCCUGAGUGCUGAAAUCAGAGCUGUUUUAGUGCUUAUUUUACAUUAAUAAGAUUAGCAUCCCUGCAGCUAUUCAUCCAGAACCUUCAUCAUUAGCGUGGUCUGAUGUUCUUAAUCCAGAGUUUAUCAUCGGAGCAAAAAACGUCCAACAAAAUGUGCAGAGUGUGGGUUCUCCAGGACUGGGGUUGCCAAGAUCUGCUGCUGACUGAUUUGUGAAAUGCCUGAAACUACUACAAGAUUUUUCAGUUUCGGAGUGCUAUUGCCAUGCUAGCUGAAAAUGCUUUCUGCUCAGAAAAAGGCAAAUUCACUAAACCACUAAAGAAAAGUAAAAAAAAAAAUGUGAGUACUUUACAGGAAGUAAAAUUUGUACAAAAAAGUUUAAAGUUCUAUUUCACAGCGCAACAGAAAUUGUUUUGAUAUUUCUAUGAAUUUAUUAUAAAGCAUGAGGGCAAAUAUUUACCAUCCUAAAGAAAUAAUAGUGCAUUAUAGGAAUUCUUAUUUAAAUAUUUAUACAUUUUCUUAUAGUGCAGAAAUGAUUGUGCAUAUUUUGUGAUUUUUUUUUAAUUAAGAAAUUAAUUUGUUUUUAUUAUUUGAGUAUGAGUUGAGUAAUUGAGUAUUUUUAUUAUUAUUUUUUUACAACCUUCAUUAUAGAGCCCAAUCAAGCACAUUUCCAAUUCCAUAUAGAGUAAAUCAUCUUGCUUUUUACUAAUUUAUUAAUUAGUAAUUCUUCCAAACAAUUAAAAUAAGUUAUUUCAGCAUUUUUGUUGCACUGUUUUUGCUGUAAAUGCGAUGCUAGUUGUGAAGGUGAUUUAAAGUGACAGUCCGUAAAUUUGGGGGAUUUUGGGAUUUUUGCGGUGACCUCUGUGGUGAGAAUAUGUAUUUUCACAAAAUAUGUGGAAGAGUACUUUUAAUGAGGUUUAAUGUAAAUAAAUUGCUGUGUGAAA